CUUCACUUCUGCUUCUUCGGAGCGCGGAUCCCUUCUGGUGGCCUUCCCGCGACGACGACGGACAGCGAGGAUGCUGGGGCUGCAGAAGAACGCCGUGCUCGGGCUCAACCUCUACUGCGGGGGCGCCGGGGCCGCGGGGGGCUCCCCGCCCGGAGGGCGCCUGCGCAGCGACAAAGCGGCGGCGGCCGGCGGCGAGGGUCCGGCGGGCCGGCGCGCAGGCGCGGAGCACGAGGCGGCGACGGCGGCGCUGCUGGGCGGCGGCGGCCACGCGGGGGCGCUGCCGCGCCCGGCCCCGAUUGGCGCGGAGGGCCGUGACGUCACGGCGGCCCCCGGGCUGCGCGCGCAGCCGGAGGGGACGGAGCCCUCCUCCUCCGCGCCGCCCUCCGGCCCGCUCCGGCCCGAGGACGAACUGGACGGCUACGAGCCCGAGGCCCCGGCCAAGCGGCCGCCCCGCCCGUUUCCCGGAGGGGGGUCCCUGCCCUCCACCCCCGACGGCGACGACGACGACGACGUGAUGGCCGCCGCCCAGGACGGGCUGUACCGCCAGUCCCUCGAACUCAUCACCCACUACCUGCGGGAGCAGGCGGCCGGGCGCAAGGCCGAGCCCCGGCGGGGGCGGGACCGGAGGGCGCUGGACACCCUCCGCAGGGUCGGCGACGGCCUCCAGCGCAACCACCACACCGCCUUCCUCGGCAUGCUCCGAAAGCUGGACAUCAAGAAGGAGGAGGACAUCAAGGCCGUGUCUCGCGUCGGGACCCACAUUUUCAACGACGGGACGACGAACUGGGGCCGAAUCGUGACUCUGAUCUCUUUCGGUGCCUUUGUGGCCAAGCACCUGAAGAGCAUAAACCAAGAAAGCUGCAUCGACCCCCUAGCAGAGAGCAUCACAGAGGUCCUCGUCACCACGAAACGGGACUGGCUGAUCAAACAAAAAGGCUGGGAAGGAUUUGUGGAAUUCUUCCGCAUAGAGGACGUGGAAGGCAGCGUCCGGAACAUGCUCCUGGCCAUGGCCGGGGUGGCCAGCCUGGGAGCCGGUUUAGCCUACCUGAUCAGAUGAUGGGGACCCCCCUCCCCCUCGGACGCUCAGAGACCGACCUCACGUCCGCGCAAAUCCAGCCCCAGGCGCCCGCCACCAGCUCACUUCAGCCGCCGCGACAGCUGGAAGGCUUUAUUUAUGAAGCCCAGCGUCCCGCCGCCCAGAAUUGUCAGGCACCGAGCGGCGGCCGGCCAGGCAAGAGGGUUCGGGCUGGUUUUGGAGCUAGACAUUAAGCAGAGCCCUGUCGUCUCGCUCCCCCGAAGAGCCGUCCUUGGAAAGAAGCGAAAGAGAACCGGUUCGGGAGGUUUACGUACAGCUUGGAUGCCAAGCGCUCUCUUUCCCCCUCUCUCUCCCCCUUUUUUUUUCUCUUUUUUUGGGCCUUUUCCCCCUUUUUUAUUUUCUAAUCUGCAAAUGGGGGCCACUGGGCGGAGAGCUCCACUGGGUGGGUGUUUGGUCUUGUGAUCCGUGGCCCGAGUUUUGUUUUGUUUUUUGUUUUUUUUCUCCUCUUGGUUAAGAGUCGUGGCCAGGAGCCAGGCCCCCGGGGAGGGUUAGGAAAGGCUUAGCGUCCACAGGGAAGUUUCCCAAAAUGAAAACCGAAGCACUAACACUCCCCACCCACCCCCACAGACACACAGCCCUCCUCCCCUUCCCUAGAGGAAGUGGUUUGCAACCGAUGAGGCCACCCGGGUUAAAGAAGGCCUUCUCUUCAGUUCCAGGGCAGUGAGAAAGGUCAGCCCGGCAGCUUCUUCUUCCCCCCCAGCCCACCCAUCCCCCCUUCUCCCUGGGUGGCAGAAUUACUCAGUUUCCCUCCAGCUGGUGCCCUGCCUGUCCCGGCCCUGAGGCCUCCAGUCCCCCCCUUCUCCCGCAUCAAGUGUAUAAGGAGCCUUCUGAAGCAGACUUAAAACUGUACAUGCGUUCGUACCCGUAAAAGUUGUGUAUAUAUAUUUUUGCAGAACUUUAUUUCUCCGCACUGGUGUAACAGGAGGAUUUUUUCUGAGGCGGCGGGGUGGGGGUAGAGGGGCGGCCCCCGCUCCUCUCGGGAAGCAAGCCCCGGUUCUGAGGUCGCGAGCGAGGGGAACGCAAGCCCUCCCCGCGUGAUCCGUGCGGGGUUCACUAAAUCGCCGUCCACGCUGUGCCAAAGCAGGAUUCACUUCAGAUUUGGGGGGCGGCGGGGGGGGGUCUCGUGUGUGUGUGUGUGUGUGUGUGUGUGUGUGUGUGUGUGUGUGUGUGAGUGGUUUUUGGAGAUCUCAGACUUUCCUCUGGCGAGGCUCGGAAGCCACGGACUCGCAGUUGGACCCGGAUUCGAAUGCUCCACUGCAGGCCCCCCGUCUCCCCCCGGCCCCAAUCCCCUUCACCCCGAAAAUCGGAACGUGCAAUGUGGCUCGAGGCCCAGGUUUCAGACCCCUGCAGCCUUUGAUUUCCUCGGUGCGACCGGGAUCGGAUUGGAAUUGCGGGGUCCGGCUCCUGGACUGAUGGCACCCCGCGCCCGCCCACCUCCCCAAUUCCCACCCCCACCCCUGGCUUCAACUGAAAUCCGUGGCUUCCCUGGAAAUCCAGGUAGAAGAAAGGCGCAAGCGUGGAGCGUAAACAUGGUGCUAUUUACCAGGCUUUGCUCGUCCCGGCCGAGGCCUCAUCUGGCAAUAAACACGUGUUUUGUUAA